AAGAAAAUGUCAGUCAGCAUGCAUGAAAAUCGCAAAUCUAGGGCCAGUACUGGCUCCAUAAACAUAUACUUGUUCCACAAGUCAUCCUAUGCUGAUAGUGUCCUUACUCACCUGAACCUUCUGCGUCAGCAGCGUCUCUUCACAGAUGUACUUCUGCAUGCUGGGAACAGGUCAUUCCCCUGCCACAGAGCUGUUCUAGCUGCUUGUAGCCGCUAUUUUGAAGCGAUGUUCAGUGGAGGACUGAAAGAGAGCCAGGACAGUGAAGUCAACUUUCAUAAUUCGAUUCACCCUGAAGUCUUGGAGCUUCUUCUGGACUAUGCAUAUUCCUCCAGGGUUAUCAUCAAUGAGGAGAAUGCGGAGUCGCUGCUGGAGGCUGGUGACAUGCUGGAGUUUCAGGACAUUAGGGAUGCUUGUGCAGAAUUUCUGGAGAAAAACCUUCAUCCCACCAACUGUCUUGGCAUGCUGCUGCUGUCGGAUGCUCACCAGUGUACCAAGCUGUAUGAACUCUCUUGGAGGAUGUGCCUUAGCAACUUCCAGAGUAUCAGCAAAAGUGAAGACUUCCUUCAGCUGCCAAAAGACAUGGUAGUGCAGCUCCUUUCCAGUGAAGAAUUAGAAACUGAAGAUGAAAGGCUAGUUUAUGAAUCAGCUAUCAACUGGGUCAACUAUGACCUGAGUAAGCGUCACUGUUACCUGCCCGAGCUAUUGCAGACAGUGAGACUGGCCCUCUUGCCAGCCAUAUACCUUAUGGAGAAUGUGGCCAUGGAAGAACUUAUCACCAAGCAAAGGAAAAGCAAAGAGAUUGUAGAAGAAUCAAUACGAUGCAAGUUAAAGAUCUUACAGAAUGACGGAGUAGUCACUAGUUUGUGUGCCAGACCCCGUAAAACUGGCCAUUCGCUUUUUCUUUUGGGUGGCCAAACCUUUAUGUGUGACAAGCUGUACUUAGUGGACCAAAAGGCAAAGGAGAUCAUUCCAAAGGCUGACAUACCAAGUCCACGGAAAGAGUUCAGCGCUUGUGCUAUAGGCUGCAAAGUGUAUAUCACUGGGGGACGAGGGUCAGAAAAUGGAGUCUCCAAAGACGUGUGGGUGUAUGACACCCUUCAUGAGGAGUGGUCGAAGGCCGCUCCCAUGUUGGUAGCUAGGUUUGGGCAUGGUUCUGCUGAGCUUAAGCACUGUUUGUAUGUAGUAGGAGGACACACUGCAGCAACUGGCUGCCUUCCAGCUUCCCCUUCAGUAUCCUUAAAGCAAGUAGAACAAUAUGACCCUGUGACCAACAAAUGGACCAUGGUUGCCCCAUUGCGAGAGGGAGUAAGCAAUGCGGCUGUAGUCAGUGCAAAACUUAAGCUGUUUGCUUUUGGAGGUACCAGCGUUAGCCAUGACAAGCUGCCCAAAGUUCAGUGCUAUGAUCAGUGUGAAAACAGGUGGACAGUACCAGCCACCUGCCCCCAGCCCUGGCGCUACACAGCUGCAGCUGUUCUGGGUAACCAGAUUUUUAUUAUGGGUGGAGAUACUGAAUUCUCUGCAUGCUCCGCUUAUAAAUUCAACAGUGAGGCAUACCAGUGGACUAAGGUGGGAGAUGUGACAGCGAAGCGAAUGAGCUGCCAUGCAGUGGCAUCUGGAAACAAAUUGUAUGUGGUUGGAGGCUACUUUGGCAUUCAGAGAUGCAAAACGUUGGACUGCUACGAUCCCACGUUGGAUGUAUGGAACAGCAUAACAACUGUGCCCUAUUCGUUAAUUCCCACAGCAUUUGUCAGCACAUGGAAGCACCUCCCUUCAUAAUUGUGUGUAUGUUGCAAUUACAAAUGACCAGUUUACUCCUUUAUUUGGAGAGGAGAACUGGAACCUCAGAUCUGGAGAAAAGGUUUUAAUGAAGAAAAAUCGUUCAGCGUCUCUUGCAUUUGAAGAAAAUCAUCAGCACCUUGUAAAUUAUCUAACCCAGACAUGAAGGAAUGGGAGGAAAAAACCUCUUUCUUUAAUGCUUCAGCACGUGGUUUCAAUAUGAAUGGACAAACCUAUGAUCAGGUCCUUGUGCUAGUAAUUGUGGAUUAAUGCCAAUAUUAAUCAGUCCUUCAAAGGAGAAAAAGAAGAGACAGAACUUUUCUGAGCUGUGCAGCACACAGCACUCAAUUUCCACGGACUGCUGUUUGUAUGUGAAAUUUGAAAUGGUUGUCACCUUGCUUUGUGGUGGUUUGAAGUGCCAGCGCCAGCUGCAGGGGAAGCAGGCCAGGUCUGAAACAGUGAGAUGCUGCUGUGAAUGAAGAGGCAGCGCUUAUUGCUGCUGAACUCUGCUAACUGGAGCGUGCUUGUCUGUGGGCAGUGCCUACAUCUUUUAGAUCCCACGUUGCAUUGUCCUGUGUGCAGUGAGUGACCUUCCACUUGACAAGGAACAGACCAGUGGUGAAACGUUUUUGCAACAGUGGGGAAUAAAAAUUACAUCUCCCAAAUGCUCCUUGUUCCUUUUCCUCCCUGUAUUUAUAAGUAAUUCAAACUGUCCCAUUCCUCUUACAUUACUUGUUGUAGAUACAGUUAUUUAUUGUUCAGUGCUUGCAUGCUGAAGCAAUGCCUGCAAUGGUCUUCAUGUUGCAAGGGCUUGUGUGAAUUGUACGUUUUGCACAUUUUGUGAUCGCUGACUUGCUCUGCUGCACAAAGAAAGAAAACUGUUGGAUAACAGUUGGAAGUGGGAGGGAGAGGUGGCUUCCCAGUCGGAAAUGGAAGAAUUACAAGGCAGGAUCUUAAAUUACACGUGUACUAAAGGAAGAAGCCAUGGAGGUCACUUUCUCAGGCCACUGGCUCCCCAGGUUGCAUGUGGUGUGUCUUGUAGAUGGUGUCCUUGCUACAUUUCAUUUGUUGGUCAUGCCUUUCAAUUUGUAAUCUGGAAAUAGCCAAAAUCUCUUGUAGCUCUCUCUUUGUGCAGCUUCCUGAUUGCAAUGCAAAUACUGUGGAAGAGCUUCUGGAUACCAAGCCUGGAUGAAGUCAUUGUCCAAAGUUAUUUAUUUAUUUAUUGGGUUGGAGGAGGGGUACUUACAGUAUAGCCACAUUGACCUGAAUGAGUGGAGUAUGGUGAUUCAAGAAUAAAAACAAAAACCUCAAGAUAGGUUAGUGAUGAAGUCUUUAAAAGAAAAAAACAAAAAAAAAGAACAAGAGCAGCAAUUUUUGCACUGACUGGACUGCCUCAUCCAUCUGGAUUUCAGAUGAUCAUCUGAGUGGCCAGGUGUCAAAGACCCAAGUGCUCUGGCAAAAUUCUUAUGGGGAUAGAAAAUUAAUUUAAAACCUCUUAAUCUUAAAAAUAGCCCUCAAACUCUGCUGCCUUUUAUUUUCCUUAGCCAGGUGUGUCUUUAAACACUUGGUUGCUCAGAAGCGUCAGAUACAAUCCUUAGAAACCAAACUGAUUUUUACAUAAAUUUACUUAUUAGUCUGGUCUUGAGACAGAUGAAGCUACUGUUUUUCUUCUGGAUUUCAGAAGCUUAUGUUUCACAGGUGCUUUCUUUGCCAGAUCCUGUCAUGAAGCAUGUAUUGUAUUGUGUUUUUUUGUAAAUGUUUCUGGAGCCCAAUUUAACAGGCAUAUUCAGUAACAUGGUGUGUGCUGCCGUUUAAGUAAACAGCUGCAUGUGUGCAUGCAAAACAAAAAUAGUCACAUUGGUGAUGUUUGCCUUUCUCUGUGUGACAGUGAUAUAGCUGUAUUUGUGAAAGUUCUGUCAUCUGAAAAUGUUUACACUGGUCACUGGAAGUUUCUCUGUGCUGCCUUACAUUUGACUUGCUGUUUGGAGUAGACCCUUGUAUUUCAGAAACAAGAGUAUUUAGAGUUCUGUGAAUACUGAAAGAACAUUGAUUAAUUAGCAAAGGCAUUACCAGUUUUUUAAAGGGUGAGGCCCAGCUAGAUGUGAACAGUUACAGUUCCUCCGGUUAAACUGAUUUCUUGAAAUGAUAGAUUUCUAAAAAGUGUUUAAGCCUUCCCUUUCCCCUUCCCCCAGCACUGAUUCUUUUCUCUUAGAUGGCUUGUAAGCAAUAAGAAAACAUCCUAAAUAGGGUACCUCUCCUUUCUAUGUCCCUGUACUUGCACAGGUUGCCCUGUUGAAGCAAACAGCCUUGAAUUGCUUUUGCCUUUGAUUUUAUGGAUUACUCCUGGGAGUGUGAAGGGAGCAAUAAAAUCAGACUUCCUGUGCUUUGCAUGUCCUCUCCCCAGGCGCUAGAGACUGCCUGGGGUAGAAGGAAGAGAAGAACCGCGUCCCCAGGGGCCCUCUUGUUUGAAUAAGGGCAUACAGGUUUGAGACCUGUUUUCUCCAUCGAGCUGAUAGUCAAGACAUGAAGCUGCACUGCAUCUACUUAGCUUGUGAAAUCUGUUUUGUAGCACCAUGCGACUUCCAAAAGUGGGAUGAAUUUUCUGCAGCUGUUUCCAAAGUUGUGGUCUGCUUUCAAGUCCUCAAUUAAUUCCUGUGUGUAGGCUGAAGGAAGCUGAAGUCAGGGUGGGCCUCUGGCUCUGCAUGGUAUAUGCUAGGCUCUUGCUGUUUGAAUUGAUGUGGGAAUCCUGGCUAGCUAGUUGACCAUUCUAGUGCUGCAAAACACCCCACGCUUUGAAGCAAAAGCAGUUCACAGAAGAGUGCACACAAAAACCCUGGCAUAAGACAGGAAGGUUCCUCUUAUUUUGCGGGCUGGUUGCUGUAGAAACAUGUAACAAAGGACAGCCUUCCUCUUCUGGUAUAAUUGUGCAGCCCCUUUUCUCUAGGUCUGACACCUGUCUGCAUAAGAGUGAUUAGAGCAGAAUAAUGUUCCCUUCCCUGGCUUUUGAAGAUGUGGUUCAUGUGCUAAAAGAAACUGUGUGAGUGAAGAAGUAAAAUUGUCUAUGUUGUAUCUUUUCGUUUGCUACUACAUUUUAAGGUUUUGUAAAACUUUUUUUUUUUUUUUUUUCACAAUGUGAAACUGAAGGUCAAUAAAUUAUUAGAGAUUUUGUCUCCAUGGAACAUUUACUUCGAGAGUUGUCUCUUCUUCCCCUCCCUCCCCACCCCGAAAUGCUUUGAAUGCCUUAAUAUGUCCUUCACAUGGUCUCUUAAUAAAAGCACAUCAAUAACAUAUAGUUUACUGCCUUGGUUUAAGCUUCUACUUCAGUUGCACUUCCCUUUGUUCUGUUGUGUUGCUGUUACUAUGAUCUCUAUCUCAAAGUUCAGCAGUUAAGACUUAAAACAUUUAAGAACAGGAAAUGCAAGUCAGCUGGUGCUUGCAGUACAGUUUAGCUAGGGAGCUAGUGGCUGAUAUGAUUUGGAAGUGGUAUUAGGUCAUCUUGAACCCUUCCUAAUUAUUCUCAAAGCAAAAAAUGCUGGCUGUGUGUAAAACAUUCCAGUUGUUCUGUAUAAUGCACACAUCAAGCCAAUCUUUUAAGGUUACUUACAUUUUUAUGUGUACACAGGGUGGUGGUUUGUUGUUUUGGUUUUUAUAAAUGCUGUUGAGUUUCUGUGUUGUCUUAGCAGCCCUCUGGCCUUAAGGUGUUGCUGACUACUGUCCAGGUCUAAAAUAUCAUCAUGCAGGGGCAUUCAUGCAUACCAUGGAGGUUCAGUUGUGCAGGUCUGCUAAAUAUUGACCUGCUGUCUGCCUAGAAAAGAAUGUUCCUCAAGUGUGCAUCUAUUGCAUUGGAGCAAAGGAACAGGGCCUUUCUUCCUUACUUCGGUUGUUGCACUACCUACCAUCUCAUCCCUUUGCCUGUACAGCUCUGAAGGAAGAAGUAAAAGAGGAGGAGGUGUCCACAGGUCACAGCACAGUGCAGCAAGGAUGCUGAUGCUUCAGUUGUCAUCACUAGCCUAUACAGCAUGACUGGUGUAACUGAGCACCUGGGUUCCUGGCCCUGGAAAUGAAAUUGUGGUGCUUGUUUAGCAAAGAUAAA